UUACGCUUGUAAGUUCCAGUUCGGUUUUUGAAAUGCCUGACCCGGCCAAGUCUGCGCCGGCCCCGAAGAAGGGCUCCAAGAAGGCGGUGACCAAGGCGCAGAAGAAGGACGGCAAGAAGCGCAAGCGCAGCCGCAAGGAGAGCUACUCGGUCUACGUGUACAAGGUGCUCAAGCAGGUGCACCCCGACACCGGCAUCUCGUCCAAGGCCAUGGGCAUCAUGAACUCGUUCGUCAACGACAUCUUCGAGCGCAUCGCCGGCGAGGCGUCGCGCCUGGCGCACUACAACAAGCGCUCCACCAUCACGUCGCGCGAGAUCCAGACGGCCGUGCGUCUGCUGCUGCCCGGCGAGCUGGCCAAGCACGCCGUGUCCGAGGGCACCAAGGCCGUCACCAAGUACACCAGCUCCAAGUAGACGCUCGUCAUCGACUCGUGGCGGACCCAAAGGCUCUUUUCAGAGCCACCCAUAUUUUCAGAAGGAGAGCUGGUGCUUAUGACUGCUUUAGGCUAUUUUAACUUGAUGCGCUUUUUCUUUAAAGGUUCAGUUAACAUCACCUGUUCCUGCCAAAUCUCUGGGUCUUUUGUGUGAUAGGACUUCCUGCAUCUUAAGGGUCCUCCCCAAUUUUGAGAAGCCUUAGGGAGCUGUAACAUGGAAAUACACUAGCCACCGCUCGAGGCAGCUGGACUGUGGGGUUGCAGAGGCUUCUGUGGGCUGGUUUCAGGAGUGCGGGGAGCGGCUGUAGGGUGCAUGGGAGGAAUCUCUACCCUGUGCCCAGUAAGCAAACAGCCAACCGUGGGUUGUUAACGUUGUUUCAAAAGGAAUUUGAGUGGGUGUCUUGGAGUCAAAUGCUCCUGCCUUUCUACUUGGGGUGCUCAUUCCCCUUCACUUGGGUGUGCGUAUUCGAAAGCCUUGCAGAAUGGGAUGCAGUGAAGGCAGAAAGCUUGGGGAUAUUUAUCCCAGAUUCCUCUGAAAACAAAGUUUAAAUCUUAAAGCUGCUUACUUUGGCUUUUAAAGUCCUAUUUUUGGUUUGCCUGGAACCAGUGAGGGAAAAAAGUUCACCUCAUUCAGGCUGUUCUAAAUGAGAACGUUACCCUUCCCUACAAAAGAUAUCUGCAGAUGAAGCUCUUCAAAAUUAUGUGCUUCAGGUAAGAGAAACCAGGAUCUAUGAAACAUUUGGAAGUUCUACUAUGACUAGUUUUGUUGUGAAAGGUAGUAACCUGUACGUAAGCUUAAAAAUAAACUAGUGCCUCAUUUAUCUAAAUGGUUAUAAACUUAGCACCGUAAUUAAGAGAAUAUUUUGUUAAGUCAGUGUUCUACCAGUUGUUCAAAAAGCCUUCCUGAAUAUUCCUGUUCUGAAAUGUCCCGUUUUUGAGCUUUAUCCUAGUCCACAGUCUUUGGAAAUGACCUCCAUAUACAAUAGUUGCUCGUAUGCAUCUAGUCAAAUAGUCACCUACUUUGUUGCACAAAUAUUUUCAUUUAGAGAAUGUACACACUAUAUGAAACAAGGAAUACAGAAACGAAGAAAAAUUUAUUUUCAUCCUUGUUAUCUCAAAAUAAUGAUGGCUGAAACCUGUGAAUACAUACAACACUAACUUUACUUGUUAUGCUACAUAAGCCUCUGAUGCUGUCUUUUAAUCCAAGUAAUCAAUUGAUAAUUUCCAAGCUAAAUACUGUUAAAAACUAAUUUAUUGAUUUGAAAGGCAGAGUAAAAGAGAGAGAAUGAGUGGGCUCUUACAACUGCUGGUUUAUUCUCCAGGCAGCUACAACAGUCAGGCCUGGGGUCAGGCUGAAGCCAGGACCCUGGAACUCCAUACCAGUCUCCCCCGUGAUGGCCGGGGCCCAAGUACUUGGGCCAUCUUUCACUUCUUCCCAGGUCGAUUUAGCAGGAAGCUGGAUCAGAAAUGGAACAGCUGGGAAUUGAACUAGAAUUUGGAUCUGGAAUCAUCACAGGCAGCAGCUUAGCUCACUGAACAGGCAAUGGAUGACCUUGGGAGUCAGCAGUCCAAAGAGGUACCACAUGGCUCAGAGGCUGAAGUCUCAAUCCUGGAAGACUGACAGCUGGGAAGACUACACACGUUUAGAGUGCUGUUCAAAUGGGUGUUGUGUGUGUGCUGAGUAGUGACUACGAAUGUGCAGUGUCUUCCUUGGCCAAAAUGCAUUGAUUUAAAAACAUUUAGAACCAGCUCAAAAAAUGUUUGCUGUUCAUCUUUGUGUCUUGGGGGAUCUCAGCUGUUUUUUGUUUUAGAAAAAGAGGAAUAGAUAUCCACCAGAGAACACCUUCAGAUUGUUAAGUUUUGCUGAGUUAUAAAGGAAGAUUUGUUUUAUAUUAACUAUUCAUUAGCUGACUUAAGACAGAUGUUGGAAGUCUUGAUUUAAAGGAAUUAGGCCUCUGGAUUCCUGUUUUCUAGUUUUCUUUCUGUCUCUGCUUUUUCUCUAUCCCCCUCUUUAUUCCCUCUUACCUCCACCUAUGUCUUGGUCUAGACAAGGGGCGAUGACAGACAUUUUUAAAAAUAUUCUCAUAAAAAUACACAUUGGAAGCUGGUCAACUAAACUCUUAGAAACUUUCAAAUAUAAACUAUACUGACUAAUAUAAAGCACUGUAAAAUUUGUAAGUGCACAAACAAGGCUUUAACAAUUCAUAAGAAAUUGGUAGCUUGAUAAAAUGCUUUUUAGAUAGAUAACUGGCCUGUAGAAAAUUGUCCUUUUUUUUUAAAUAUUUCCUCCUUUGAUAUAUCAUGUACAUAUUUGUUUAACCUAAUCAUUCCCUCAUUUUCAGUCACAGAAAUUAAGAUACUGUGUUCCUGCAAAGUCCUCUCUCAUUUUGACAUAGAAACUCCCAUCUCAUACUUCUCUUUCCUUCUGGUUCCUAAUUCACAAUAAUAAAAAUGUUAAGAUGUCCUUUAAUAUUUUCUC